UUCUGCUUCAGUCUCCGCCGCACUCCUCUUUCCCUCUACCAUGGAAGUUUGUAAGAAUCAGAACGAUGAAGAAUUAAGAUUGCUUAUUCAGCUCCCUGAAACCGACCAUUUCCUCCACAAAAAGAAAUUAUUGGAGGAUAUUGGUCUCAAUGUGGAGAGUCCGGUGUGUAUAAAGAGCUCCUCUACUCCUGAUCAGCUUAAUGACUUGUUCAAUUUAUUGAUCAAACGAGCCAGAGUUAUAAACUUGAAUGAGGUAGAACUUUAUUUUAGUGGAGAUGUUGUUAAUCUGGAAUACUGUGUUAGCCCAAGGAAUGAACUGGAAGCUCUCCAUUCUGUUCAUGAAGCCAUCAAUAACGCAGUAUCCAGUGAAAGCUGCACGAUCAAAAAUAUUAAGUGCAAGUUACAAGAGGAAACUGUAAAUAGGAUCAAUGAAGUUGGAAACAAAUUUAGCGAAGAGACGAGAGUAGUUGGGGAUUCCAGUGUUGAGAAAGAAAAUAAACUAUUAGAGUGGGCCAUCAAGAAUGGCAUGAAGACACAGCUGCAUAUAGCUUGUGUUGAAGGAGCAGGAAGGGGGGCCAUUGCCAAUGAGGACCUAAAAGUUGGAGAUGUCGCUCUUGAGGUCCCUUUAUCUGUCAUUAUAUCCAGCGAGUUUUUACAUGAGUCUGACAUGUUUCCUAUUUUUCAAAAAAUUGAUGGGAUUUCUGAGGAGACAAUGCUGCUCUUGUGGAGCAUGAAGGAAAAGCACAACAAUGAGUCCAAAUUCAGAUUGUACUUUGAUACUCUACCUGAAAAUUUUAACACAGGAUUGAGCUUUGGAAUUGAUGCUGUCAUGGCUUUAGAUGGAACGUUGCUGUUAGAUGAGAUCGUACAAGCCAAAGAGCACCUACGCACGCAAUACGAAGAGUUAUUUCCAGUAUUAUCAGAUCAUUUUCCGAGUGUAUUUCCCUCAGAGUUGUAUACGUGGGAACAAUUUUUAUGGGCUUGUGAGCUCUGGUACUCAAAUAGCAUGAAGGUUAUCUUCCCUGAUGGAAAGCUAAGGACUUGCUUGAUACCCGUCGCCAGCUUUCUCAACCAUUCGACUUGCCCACACAUAAUGCACUAUGGCAGGAUAGAUGCAAGUACAAAUUCCUUGAAAUUCUCUUUAUCAAGGACAUGCUUUUCAGGGGAACAAUGUUUUCUUAGUUAUGGAAACUUCUCCAGUUCUCAUCUACUCACUUUCUACGGCUUCUUACCACGAGGCGACAACCCCUACGACAUUAUUCCACUUGAUAUCGAUGCUGCUGAGGACGAAGAUUCUGAGGAUGGACCUCCUGCAUCGAAAUGGAGCUCUCACAUGGUUCGCGGGACUUGGCUCUCCAAGAACCACAAAAUCUUUCAUUAUGGAUUGCCGACUCCUUUGCUGGAUCAUCUACGCAGAGCUAGAAACCCAACGUGCCAACCAAAUACCUCUACGCAUGAACUCUUGGAAGCUGACCUUGACGUGCUUGGUGGUCUGAGCUCCACGUUUGAAGGAAUGAUGGAAGCUCUCAGUGAUGAAAAUGAAGAAGACAGGGAAAGUGCCGGUUGGGACGUUAAGCUUGCAACGGAGUUCAAAAGCUUGCAGAGAAAAAUUAUAUCUUCGAUCUUGGCAUCGUGCGAUUCGGGCUGUAAGAUGUUUGAAUCUGAGCUGUGCAAGCAGAGAGUGUAGCAGCAGGUGCCAUGUAGUAGUAAUCUUGAUUUAGCUUCCCUUGAUUUUCAACUCUCUGUCGCCAUACCGUGGCGUUAGUUGCAGUCGUCCGAUAAUUUAGGCUCAUACAUUAAUUAUUAUGCAGUCGUCUGAUAAUUUGGAUUAAGAAUUUUAAUAUGUGAAGUCAGUGGAAUGAAUAAAUUUAUCUUCCGAUACA